GGGAAAGAGAGGGAGCAAGGGAGAGAGGGAGGUAUGAAUUCGUAUUUCGCAAACCCGUCGCUCUCAUGCCAUUUAGCUGGUGGUCAAGAGGUUUUACCAAACGUGGCCCUAAACUCAACUACCUAUGACCCAGUUCGACACUUCUCCUCCUACGGAACCGCUGUAGCCCAAAACCGGAUAUAUUCCUCGCCUUUCUAUUCUCCCCAAGACAACGUUGUAUUCGGCUCGACCAGGGGACCGUACGAGUAUGGAUCCAACGUGUUUUACCAAGACAAGGACGUGCUACCCAGCUGUAGGCAGAGCAGUUUGGGACAAGGUUCACAAAGCUCGCUCGCGCAGGAUUACCCGUCUGAUCAAGGCAGGAACGGCUCACAGGAACAAAAGGGGAACAUUCAGAUCUACCCGUGGAUGCAACGGAUGAACUCUCAUAGCGGAGUUGGAUACGGUUCUGACAGGCGAAGAGGACGCCAAAUUUACUCCCGAUACCAAACUCUAGAACUCGAAAAGGAAUUCCAUUUCAACCGCUACUUGACGAGACGCAGGCGUAUCGAAAUCGCCAACGCACUAUGUCUCUCCGAACGUCAGAUAAAAAUCUGGUUCCAGAAUCGCCGGAUGAAAUGGAAAAAGGAAAGCAAUCUAACGUCCACUCUCGCCGAAAGUGGUUCGGCAGGGGUAAGUCAAGACACAGGAAAAGAGGACACAGAAGAGGCGACAGAAGAGAAGAAAGAAUGAACGACUUCAUAUCCUAGCCUACUAUAUGCAUCAAUCCGCCGUGAUGUGAGAAUAACUUAACUACCUAGCAAGUACCUAUCAACUAUGUUUUAGCACAAUAAAAAACACUAGUGUAUUCAAAGAUAUGGCUGCGUUAAAUGCAAUGUGGAUGCAAGAUAUCUUCAGACGUCAAUGUUUGCCUUUUUAAAAUUUCUGUAUUGAUAUGAACUUUUCACGGUGAAUUUCUUUCCUUUACUUGACAUUCUCUCAUAUAGCCUACACAGACUGUGUGUAACGCGAAGGUUCAUUAUUGUAUUUUCAUAAAUGUUGUUUGACAACGAUGCAAAACACAUGGUUCUCAGAUGUCUGUACACCUAUGACGAAUAUGUUUUUCCAAAAAGAAUUGUCAAAAGAAUAUGUGAAUUAAACUUCAAGCGUUACAUCCA